UCGAAACCUUCUCCCGUGAUGUGCGCUCCUAGAAAGCAUCUCCGGCGCGAGUAUCUUUAUCAAAAGUUCUAUCUCAUAGCAGUACCAGAUUCGAUAUUCCUACGGACUUUAUCUACCUGUGACAAUUAUCCGUCGUGAUUCAUAAGUUCCAAGAUGCGAUCUUGUUCAAUACUGAUUAAUCUCGUUUGCGUUAUCACCGUAUCGUAUACGGUUUCGGGACACCCUUUUUCAUUCCUGCCACGGCAUGCCGUUGAACGAGCUGCCGAACGUAGAAGCAUAAACAGGCAAAUGAUAGAGCACAAUUCCAAUUUCCUAACACCAUUGUCGGAAUAUGGGGCACGAAGUGAAUCGAAGCCCGUAGAGCCAUGGACUAAAAUCACACAGAAUCCAGUAAACGGCAUCGAGACCAUUGUGGGAAGCAAGGUGGAAUUGGAAUGCAAAGCUAGCGGCAGUCCUCCACCAGAAAUUCUCUGGUUUACAGGAAGCGGUAGCAACGAACAACUGAUCGAAUAUGUGAAAGCCAGUACGCAUUCUUUGUACGAUCCAUCCGAAGAGUGGAAAGGAGUGGCCAGAAUUAAUUCGAAACUCGUGAUAGAAUGCGUUACUCCGGAUGAUGCUGGAUUGAUCUACUGUGCGUCGGUUUCUGCGAGAGAGGUGAAGAUCUCCACUCCUACGGUGCUGCUGGUUAACAACGAAGGUGGUACCAGUAACUGCAGUUCUGAAAGCGACCCAGUAAUUACUCUUUACUCGCCUACUCUGGUAGCCACUAUUGGAGCAACAGUUGUGUUGCCUUGCAGAGCAAGUGGAAAACCAACACCACAAAUCACUUGGGUGGAUAACUACAACAUACCUCUAAGUCUGUCAACUAACUUGCGACACAGAGUAUUGGACAACGGUGACCUAAUAAUAGAGGAACUUUUAUGGGAAGACAUGGGUGGCUACACUUGCCAAGCCAAGUCUGAAAAUCGUCAACAAGUCAUCAGCACGUUCCUCUACCCUUUGCGUCCCGAAAAGGAAGUGGCUCGAACAAUCAACUAAAUAAUUAUUGAAAAACGAACUCAAUCAAUCCGAUCUCUGGCUAUCAUUAUAUUGUAUGACAUGCCAAAUCUUCUCGCGCUAAAUUUCGGUGUUCGUUAGCGUUCAAAUGGUAUUGUUUUUUUCAGUAUAAGCACUAUAUAUAGGAUUAUACAUAUUACGGUACUGAAGACAUGACAAUGCGUUUAAGAAUCAACAACGCUACAUUUAGUUAAUAUUGAUUAAAAUGCAGUCACUAUUUUACUUAAAGUUUUAUAAUAGAUUUUAAGGUGCCAAAGAGUUUUUGUAUUUGAUUAUGGUAAUGACGUUAGCAAUUUUAAAAUAGCGAUCUUUUUUAAGCUAUUGCAAUAUUUAAUUAUUGUUUAUACUGCGACGACGUCUGCGUUUCGUAUUUAAACGAAUUAUUUAUUUAUUAUGUAUGUACAUUGGAAGUCGAGUCAAUAGGCAGGCAUAACGAAAGAUACUUUGGUUAAAGCGAAGAUUAAUUACUAAAUUCUAGAAAACUCGAUGGAAAGGAAACGAUGGCCGAUCAUUUGACAUCGAUUCUUAUUUCGCUUACUGCAUACUUAUUAGUAUUAAUUAGUAAUUUUUACUUGUUUUCAUUAUUUUAGUCACUUAUUCGUAUGAAAUUAUCAUAAUCUAUUGUCUAUUGUGAACUGCUAUAUUUUUAUGUAUAAAUAAGUGUAUUUCAUUUCGUACAAUGUUUAUAAA